UUUCCGAGCCAACAAUGGCAAGACGGGUAGACGUCACUAAGCGAUCCUCUGCUGCUAGGCCUGCAAUAUCUCUCGAUGACGGGGUCCCUCCUCCAGAACAUAACGGGGUCGACCUCCUUCCGAGACCACUUCCAUCUUCCGAGCAGCAAGACGCUCGAAAUAGGAUUCGGUCUAGGGAUUGGGCUGAUAAGGUUAUUGUUGUGGGAGAAUCCAGCGUGGGAAAGACGAACCUCAUUAUGAAAUACUGUGCCGGGGGUUAUUCUGAAGACUACAAGUCCACCAUCGGUGUCGACUUCUUUUGGCAAAAGUACAAGCACAGAGACUAUGAGUUCACGCUGAACAUAUGGGAUACGGCAGGCCAAGAGCGUUUUCGUGCAAUUUCCUCAACCUAUUACCGAGGUGCUCAUGCGUGCAUACUGGCUUUCGACCUGGGCGAUCCUAACACAUUUAACAAGAUGAAGAAGUGGGCCAGUGAGGUCACCAAGCACAACCAGGGUCAACAAGUGCUGUUCUUUCUAGUCGGCUGCAAGGCGGACAUGUUCCACGCGGUGAAACAUGACCAGGGGUUGAAGGUAGCACAGGAAUUGAAUGCAGAAUACUUCGAAGUCAGUGCUAAAUCAGGUGACAACGUCCCAUGGCUGUUCAACAGAGUAGCGUACGUCCUUUUGCAGCAUAAGAUUGAAGCCUGCAUGCAGCCCGCACAGCCUUUUUCUUCAGCAUUCAAGAGCAAGGUUGCUCCUAUGGGAGGAGGAAAAGGAAUUGGGAGUACAAGUGCUGGAAAGGGAACAGAAAACUGGAAGGAGAAGCACCAUGGGAAGGUUCUCUCCCUAAAGCGGUCAGACUCCAAAAAGCUAGAUCGUCCUAAGGGGCUUCUGUUCAAAUGUUGAGAGACCCAAAAUUUGCAACUCUGAUUCGUUUGUUGGAAGAUUGACCAGAUGAAAUCUGUCUUUGCGAAGCCACGUAUUUGCUACAUAUGAUCAAAGUUAGAAAUGUUGACUAGAGUGAGUCAAACAUGGUGGUUUUGUAUAGUAACCUCUUAU